CUGUACUCGGUAGGUUUAAAGAAACUCCUGGAGGCGUCGCUGUAUGUGCCUUCAUACCUUGCAGGGUUCUCUUCCCUUCUGGCACCUUCCCAUUGGCGCUCAGAAACAUUCAAUCCACAUCAAGGAGGUGGUGUGCUCUGCUCAUUUGUCGUAUACGCCCAAACAAAUUUUCCGCAUGGUCUAAUCCUCUGUAGCAGCAAGCCUUUAGCCCAUCCGCCAUACAUUCACUUUUUGUGAUUUUUGUUUAGGCACACUAGGUUUUUCCUCCCGAUGAAGGCAAUUCCAGUUAUUCCCCCGUCUCUGUAAUCCAUCUCCCAUAACCACCGAGAAAUACCAUUCGUUCACUUGCCAAAAUCAUCCUAGGAUGAUCUGUCAUUCCCCAGUCUCACGAAAUCCAAGCAAACUUCCCAACUUGCACCUGGACUCGAUCACACCGUCAAAAGUCCCGAGUAGCAAACCUUCAAUCCUUUCAGUCAAAUACCCACUGUGGUUAUCGAUCAUUAUCAUCCUUUUGUUUCAUAUCCCCUCUUCAUCCACAUCAACGUCAUUCUCAGAGCAAGCUGGGCUCUGGUCUCGUGUUCGAUUAAGAGCACGCACAGUGGAAACUGGACACAUCCACACUUCCCAACAGGACGAAACAGCUAAUAACUGCCAGACCAAGACAUGUAAAAGCACCAAAAGACCCCUCCCGACGGCAGGGGACUCCGCCAAAGAAAUCACAAAGCCAAUCCACCAUCGUGCGACGAUUUCUACCAAAACCAAAUCAUCUCGUUCCCUUAGAGCUAGGGACUGCACGCCUCAUGGCACGAAAAAGGUUUCACCCGUUCCACCCGUCCCAGAAAAGUUUAAAAAGACAAAGGAGUCCAAGAAACCUAAGGAGAAGUCUACCAAGCCAAAAACACAAAACCCAUUCAAACCGCCCCCUCAAAAGAAGGAAAAGCCCACCGAGCCCAAAAAACCAAGCCAACCUGAAACUACGAAAACCCAAUUCUCAAAGGAACCCUUCCCCAACCAAAAGCAUGAUACUGACUCUUCGAGGUCAAAACCUGUCAACCCAAAACCUGUCGAUGCAAAACCUGUCAACCCCAAACCUGUCCCUUUAAUUCGCCUUAAGGAAAACGACGAGUCAACUUCAAAGACCUUGAGCGGAGUGACCGAUUCUCUUCGGGUUAACAAGUCUCUAUCCAAGAAGCCCCAAAGGCCAAGUGACAAUCACAUUUCUACUGCCCCUCGCCAUUCGAAAAAACCUGUUUCCAGUUCCCCUGAUUCUGCUGACAGAUGGCUUGCUGCGCACAAUGAUAUCAGAGCGAGGUAUUCUGUCGGGAACCUAAUCUGGAGUUCGAAAUUGGAAGCGUCGGCUCAAGCUUGGGCCAACAGAUGUGUCUUCGAACACUCGCAGGGUAAAUACGGAGAAAAUAUCGCAGCCGGUCAACCGACCAUCGAAUCUGUUGUCGAGGAUUGGGUAUACGGAAAGGACGAAUGUGAGGUAUACCAGCCCGAUAGCCCGGUUUAUUCGCAUUUUACCCAGGUCAUUUGGGAAGGUACGACCCAACUUGGAUGUGCGAUUAGUAACUGCCAUAAUCUACCAGGAACUCCGUUGAAAGAUGCGCCUUAUUGGGUCUGCCAAUAUAAUCCACCGGGCAAUGUGUUGGGCGAAUUCGACACCAACGUCCACGCUAGCGCUGGACAAUGUCUCAGGUGAUGAUAUUUUCCAUCUCCACAUCAAACCAACUACCUUGUCUUACUUGCUUGCUGUGGAGAUAAAGGAACUAUACGUUCUCAACCAAACAAUCAUUUCAGUAGAAAAGCCAACCCGUUCCAGUUUCAGUUUUGAAGUUCUUAUCAUUAGCUCUUCAGUUCUCCUCUUAAUUACUUUUCAGCUGAAGACUGAUGAACUUUGAUAGUCCAUCCCUCUCGCCAUUUUUGUUCUCCUUCCAUCCUCUCCCUGAAACUUAUUGAUCUGGCCUUUUUUCUGCUUCUAUUUCUUUCUCAUCUAUUUUUUUAUUCAACUUGGACACAAUUAUGAU